CGGCGGCCGGUGUCAGUGAGUCUGUCUGCGGCCGGUGCUAUCGGUCGGUCCCGGUGAUGCUGAGCGGGGCGGUUCGGUGGCUGUGCCGGUCGGGCAGUAUGGAUCGGGCCGUGGUUCGGGUUCUGCCCUCGGAGCCCAGGCUCACCAUCUCGCUGGUUCUGUCCGGGACUCUCCGCCAGCUGCAGCGGGACCCCGCGGAGCCCCUGGGCCGGUCCCUCUCCCGGAUCGCGGCCAGCGCCGCCAAGGGCCCCAGCAAGAAGCGGAAGGGGCGGGCGGCGGAGCCGGUGGCGGGGCCCCGGGUGCGGCUGUGGUUCGGCGGGGAGCCGGUGUCGGAGGACGAGCUGAGCGGCUCCGCCUGGCGGGAUGGGGCGGUGCUGGAGGUCGGGGAGAGCCGGUACCGGGUGGAGAGGAACCCGCCGGCCUGCACCGAGCUCCGCCUGCCCGGGCACAUCAUGGCCGGCUUCCCCGUCUGCCCCCGGCUGGAGCUCGACUUCUCCCGGCCCGAGCUCUGCCGCUUCACCUGGUACCGGGCCGCGCUGCCCGCCGCGGGCUGUCCCGAGAGCGAGGCCGGCCGGGGGGGCGCGGGAGCCGGGGAGCAGCGGAAGGAGAGCCCGGGGGAGGCCCAGGCCGGGGACUGUCCUGCCGGGGAGGCCGGCGCGGAGUGGGAGGAGGCCGGGGAGCAGCUGGUGUACACCCCGGGGGUGUCGGAGGUCGGCUGCCGGCUGAAGCUGCGGGUGACCCCGGGUGACGGCGCUCGGUUCGGGCCGGCCCGGGAGGUGGAGGCCCCCGGCCCGGUGGCUGCCGGUCCCGGCCGCUGUGUGUUCGAGGAGCGGCAGUUGUACACCGGCCGGCUCAGCGCGGAGCCCGUCACCCGCACCGUGAGCUACAACGUGCUGGCCGCAGUGUACGCCGAGAGCGAGCACGCCCGCACCGCGCUAUUCCCCUACUGCGCCCCGUACGCCCUCCAGCGGGACUACCGGCUCUGCCUGCUCCAGCGGGAGCUCACCGGCUACCGGGCCGACCUGCUCUGCCUGCAGGAGGUGGACCGGGACGGCUUCACGGACAGCCUGCGGCCCGCCAUGGACGCCUUCGGGCUGAGCGGAGUCUACAAGGGGAAGGACCGGCAGCUGGAGGGGCUGGCCACCUUCUACCGCCGGAGCCGCUUCACCCUGCUCAGCCAGCACGACAUCCAGCUCGGAGCCGCCCUGCAGGGGGAGCCGCUACACCGGGACAUCAUGGAGAAACUGGAGCGGUACCCGGGGGCCAGGGACAGGGUGCUGAACCGCUCCUCAGCCCUGCAGGUUUCAGUGCUCCAGUCAACCUCUGAUCCAUCACGAAAAAUAUGUGUUGCAAACACACAUUUAUAUUUUCAUCCAAAAGGAGGCAACAUACGUUUAGUUCAAAUAGGAGUAGCCCUUACCCACAUUAGACACAUAGCAUAUGAACUGUACCCUGGCAUUCCAGUCAUCUUCUGCGGGGAUUUUAAUAGCACACCUUCCACCGGAAUGUACAGCUUUAUUACAAAUGGGACCAUCUCUGAGGACCACGAAGAUUGGACCUCCAACGGCGAGGAUGAACGGUGUAAUAUGUCUUUCACUCACCCCUUCAAAUUGAAAAGUGCUUGUGGGGAACCUGCGUACACCAAUUAUGUAGGAGGAUUCCAUGGAUGCUUAGACUAUAUAUUUAUUGAUUCAGAGCGGAUUGAAGUAGAACAAAUAAUUCCAUUACCAAGUCACGAAGAAGUGACCAGUCACCAAGCUUUACCCAGCGUUUCACAUCCCUCAGAUCAUAUAGCACUUAUAUGUGACCUGAAGUGGUAGUCGAUACACACGGGCAUUUCCUUCAAUUUAUAGAUUACUCAAAAAUUGUGAGAUGAGGAAAUCAAACUUGCAGUACAAACUUUACAAACAUUCUCCUGAAAUGUGUGCAGCUACACAAAAGUAAGGCACACAACAUUGCUUUUCAAAGCUAUCCCUUUAAAUAAAUGAAUUUUAUGCAACAGAUGUCUUGAUGUGAUUAAAAUAUAGUAUUACAAAA